AUGGAGGAAUGGAACGAGAUAAUAGAACUUUUUCGUGCUGGGAUGCCUUUACGGAAGCAUCGGUGCCGCUUCAAAAGCUACGAGCGUUGCUUCAAAGCCUCGGAGGCAGUGGACUGUUUACAUGAACUGCUUGGAUCUAAUCAAAACUUUGGCCCAGAAGUGACUCGCAAUCAAACGGUUAAGCUGCUUAAGAAAUUCCUAAAAAAUCAUGUUAUUGAAGAUAUUAAAGGAAGAUGGGGCAAAGAGGAUUUUCAAGAUGAUGGCCAUUUAUAUAGAUUUCCUCCCUCCUCACCGCUGAAGCCAUAUCCAAAGAAAUCCUCAUGUGGAAAGGAAGUAAUUAAAUUUCCAGACUGGAAUGAACCGAAGGCUGGCACUUCCCAAGAACAUAUGCCAGUGAAAUCAGUCACAAUGAACUCUGAGAUGUGGUACAAGCGACACAGUAUAGCUAUAGGGGAAGUACCAGCAUGCAAACUUGUGUUCCGCAGAGAGCUAACACAAACAAACAUAGAAGAGAUAUGGAAAUCCAUGACUCUGUCACGAUUACAAAAGGCCUUGGGGUUGGAUUCUCUGGAUGAAGUGUUGGACACAAAACUUGUGAAUUCAAAGCAUAUAGUCCAAAAUGCAUACAACGUCAAUAAGCAAGGCAUUGUCACUUUAGAAGACAAAUCAAAGGAACUACCUCACUGGAUAUUAUCAGCAAUGAAAUGUCUAGCAAAUUGGCCCAGCUGCUCAGAUUUGAAGCAGCCUACAUACUCAGGAUUUGAAAGAGAUGUCUUCAAAACUAUAGUGGACUACUUUAGCCAGAUGAAAGAGCCUCUUCUCACAUUUCAUUUCUUUGAUGUUUUUGUUAGUGUGUUAGGACUGCUGCAAAAACACAGCAAGGCUGUAGAAGCUCUUCAGAUAUCUUGUCUCCUGCUGCCACCAGAAAAUCGGAAAAGACUACAGCUGUUGGUGAGGAUGAUGGCAAGAAUUAGCUUUAACAAGGAUUUGCCACCUCUUUCUGAUUCAGUGAGGACCAGAACCUUGAUGGUCCAGGCAUUUUCCCGUUGUAUUCUGUGCUCAAAGGAUGAAAUGGACUUGGAUGAACUGCUUGCUGCUAAACUAGUAUCUUUUCUUAUGGACAAUUAUCAAGACAUCUUAAGUGUUCCUUCUGCCUUAAAAUCUUCUAUAGAGGAACAUGUUAUACAUCUCCAGAGAGUCCAAAUAAAAUAUGCUGGAGCUGAUACUGAUGCAACUUUUCCUCCUCCAUCAUUUUGUCACCAAAUUGGUACAGAUGAAUUUGAAAACCAAAGGGCAACAGGCUCUCAAGAGCCGCUGGCAGCUUUAUUGGAAGAAAUUGCAAUGAAUAAAGAAAUAUCUGUGAAAGACAAGAAGAAAAAGCUCAAGCAAUUUCAGAAAACUUACCCUGAAGUAUAUAGAGUACGAUUUCCUACCCCUGAAACUGAAGCGGUGCUGUUUCCAGAAAAAACUAAACCGAAGCCACCAGUACUGAUGUGGGCCUUUAAAAAGCCUUUCCAACCAUUUCACAGAACCAGAAGCUUUCGGAUGUAA